CAUUGGGAACGUCCCGAUGAUAAGUCGAUUUGCUGGAUGGAUGUCUAAGUGUGGACGUGUUUAAUUUUAGAACACUCACCGUCCGGGGCCGUAAGGCCGGUGGGUGGCCCUUGAAAUUAUUACUGUUCAUGUUUGGGGAAGAUAAAUCCCAAUAAUUGGGUUUGUUUCGUUUAUUUGAAAUAAAUGUUUAUUAUUGGGAAGCUUGUUUGGUUUGAUUCUUUAGCUUUUCAGGUAUAUUGUACCCUUAGAUAAAAAAAGUUAUAAUGUUUUAGUCUCUUUUUUAUCCUUUUGAUUCUUGUCACACCAAGUUCAAGUUCAAGUUAAGCUCUUAUCUUAUCAAGUUCCUUUAUUUUAUUUUUAUUCUUAGCCAUUUUUUAUGCUGUUCUCUAUUUGUUCAAUAAUUCGUAGUUGUUUUUCUUUUAUUUAGUUUUUCUUUGUUUUUUUUAUGUUAGUUAUUUUUUAUUACUUUCAAAGGCUUGCCAAAAGUUGUAUUUUUGUUUGUUUUACUUUAUGGUAGUAUCUCUUUUUCUGCAUAUUUUUGUUGUUGUUCUUAUUGUGUUUAUCCUUUUUAUCAUUUUAAUAAUAUAUUUCAUUAUCAAUUUCUACUUCAGUAAAAUAAAACUUUAAUUUUUUAAAGGUUUUUUUAUUUAACAAUUUUUACUGUUUAAAGGAAUGACUUUUUUGUGUUCAUUGUUUUAUUCUUUUACAUCAUUUUGUAUUCUAUUUUUCAUAAUUAUGUUUUAUUUUUUCUUUUAAGGUAUACCUUCAAAAUAAAUAUAUUUUACUCUCAUAAUUGUUUUUAUACUUAUUUUUGAUUCAUUGCCUCGCUCAAAUAAGCUUCUAAAAGUAUUGUAAAUGAGAUAAUUUUAUAAUAAAGUGCAAUUUUGACCACUUCCAAAGUAAAUCUCUUCCACUGCUUUAGAAUAUUGCCCCCGAAGUCACACAGAAGCUGAGCUGAGCGGUGGUGAGUUCCGCAUUGCCCACGCGGCUGUUCGCGGGAAACUGGAGCCAUCCGAGCGCCACCUACCAGUACCAGCGUCACGCAAAUGUGGGUGCAAUGUAGAGAUUUUCCACCGCCGUACACGUUCCAUUUUUUUCCCAAGCGCAAGCGUGUGUGCGUGUGGUGUGCUUUCCGUGAGUGUCCGCUGUUGCUACUGUUGCUGGUGCUGGUUGCUGGUGUUUGCUGCGGGAUAUUGGUGGGUCGCAUCGUCUUGUUCGGGCUUAGUUGCAUAUCGUCUUCCGUUCGCAUCGCUUGCAAGAAAACACCCCGAAAACAAACACACGAAAAACUCCCCGUGGCAUGAUAACCGCGUACAUUCGCUAUCAGCAACCUCACCUAGAGGACUUGCAGUGACCGUGGGAAGUGGCAGUGCGUGACUAGCGGGAAGCGUUGCGCUUCUGGGUGCAGAAAAAAAAAGCGUCGUGGGAUCGAAUCUCAGAAGUGGGCGAGCGAAAUAGAGGGCGAAGCGUGUAAGUGAUUCAAGCAAAGCGAGUGAAAAUGAACGAUAAGAGCUACUUCGAGCGUAGUGCGAGCGUCGGUGCCAGUGAUGAUAUCGGUCGACGGAUUGCUGCUGCUGCUGGUGGUGGUGGGGGGAGGAGUGGAGAAGGAGGUGGUGGUGGUGGUGGUGGUGGAGCAAAGUCAAGUGCGAGCAGUGGUGGUGGUGGGUUGGGCGCGACGGGUAAAAUUGGUGAAAGUCGCCGCAAAAGUGCUUCCUUUGAUGUGGACCGUAACCGAGGACCGGAUGCGAUGGCCUCGGCGACCACUUCCGGGGCCGGGCCGAACAGGGGCGGCCCGGGCGGAAGUGGAAGUGAUACAGGCAUCCGGCGGCGAAGCAGCAGCAACAGCUCCGUACACAGGAGAUCGCAAUCAAAAAUCUCAACCCUAGUGCAGCAUCGUUCGGAGCAGCAGCAUCACACAUCGGAACAGAAAAUGCGCGCCAUUGGACGUGUCGGGCAGGCUGUGAACCUGGCCGUGGAGCGUUUCGUAACGGUUGGCGAGACAAUCGCAGAUGACAAUCCCGAGAUUAAGCAGGACAUGUACGAUGCCUGCAAGGAGGCACGAGCAGCCGGCUCAUCGAUAGAGCGCUUAUGUGAUAUAGCGGCAACAGAUCCGACGGUCGGAUACUCGCCGAGGCCAAAUCCGAUCGACGAUAGAGGACCGAUGAUACGUGCCGCCCGGACGCUGCUCAGUUCGGUGACGCGUGUCCUGCUGUUGGCGGACAUAGUGGUCGUGAAGCAGUUAUUAUUAGCCAAAGACAGGGUAGCUAGAACUUUAGGUAGAUUAGAAUCAGUGGCCAAUUUUACAGAAUUCGUGAAGGCGUUCUCGGUGUUCGGUGCGGAGAUGGUCGAGCUGGCGCAUGUUACAGGAAAUCGACAGAACGAUCUGAAGGACGAACGAAGGCGAGCCCAGAUGUCGUCGGCCCGGCAAGUUCUCGAGCGCUCGACAAUGAUGUUGCUCACAUCGUCGAAGACGUGUCUCCGGCAUCCCGAGUGUGCCCAC